AACGACCGGUGUGGAAGUAACCUUAGCUCUGAUUGGUCGAGGGCCGAGCUGAGCCAAUGGCCGACGUGGUUGCUGCAAAGUCCAUUGCGAAGAGAAAGCGUGAGGGGCUGGGCCUGCGGCGGGCUUUAGGGAGUGGUCCCUGGCUGUGGAUAGAUCUGCUGAUGAGUACAGCCCCCGGUCCAUUUUCCUCGCUCUGCAAGGAUGCUCCUGGGAUUUCGGAGAGGCCGCAGGAGCCAUUUCAAACACAUCAUCCAUGGCCUUUUACCUGCAGCCAGCGUUGCUCCGAAGGCAGCUGUGCCACGCACACCUCCUCCCCGCAGCCCCAACCCGUCUCCAGAGAGACCAAGAUCUGCUCUGGCAGCAGCCAUUCUGGCGACAACAUUGACUGGGCGGACGGUUGCUAUUCCUCAGCCUCGUCAGAGAUCCCGGUCUGAGAGUGAUGUGAGCAGUGUUGAACAGGACAGCUUCAUCGAACCCUAUGCCACCACCUCACAGCUAAGGCCUCGACCAAAUUGGCAGAGUGAGAUGGGAAGAAGAUCUUCUUUGCCAUCCUUUGAAACACUGGACUAUGGGGACGAAGAGGACAUUGAAACUCAGCUGUCAUCCAGCGGCAAGGAACUGGGGGAUGUCAGUGCCCGGGAGGACAGAGGAGGCCACAGUGAUGACCUGUACGCUGUGCCACACAGAAAUCAGGUGCCAUUGUUACAUGAGGUGGACAGUGAAGACGAUGAAAAUAUUUCUCAUCAAGAUGGGUUUCCAGGCUCCCCUCCUACACCACAGUGGACACAACAAAAAGAUGGUAAACACCCUGUUCUGAAUUUAAAGGAUGAAAAACCUCCAUUAUGUGAGAAACCUCCACCCUCCCCAGAUAUAACUGGUAGAGCACGUCAAAGAUAUACAGAAAUAACCAGAGAAAAGUUUGAGGCAUUAAAAGAAGAAAAUAUGGACCUAAACAAUAUGAAUCAAAGCCUUACCCUUGAACUAAACACAAUGAAACAAACAAUGAAAGAACUACAGUUAAAACUUAAGGGAAUGGAAAAAGAGAAGAGAAAGCUCAAAGAGGCUGAGAAGGUGUCGUCACAGGAAGUUGCUGCACCUGAAUUACUUUAUCUGCGAAAACAAGCUCAAGAACUGGUGGAUGAAAAUGAUGGAUUGAAAAUGACUGUCCAUCGUUUGAAUGUAGAACUCAGUCGAUAUCAGACAAAAUUCAGGCAUUUGUCCAAGGAAGAGAGCUUAAAUAUUGAAGGCCUCCCAUCCAAGGGCCCUAUACCACCCUGGUUGUUGGAUAUAAAGUACCUGUCACCAUUGUUGCUGGCUUAUGAAGAUAUGAUGAAAGAGAAGGACGAGCUCAAUGCCACCCUCAAGGAGGAAAUGAGAAUGUUUAGGAUGCGAGUCCAAGAAGUGGUGAAAGAAAAUGAAGAAUUGCACCAAGAGUUAAAUAAGAGUAGUGCUGUUACCAGUGAGGAAUGGCGUCAGCUUCAGACUCAAGCAAAACUGGUUUUAGAGGAAAACAAGUUGUUGCUGGAGCAGUUGGAGAUUCAGCAAAGGAAAGCCAAGGACAGCCACCAGGAGCGCCUCCAAGAAGUUUCUAAGCUGACUAAACAACUAAUGCUCCUGGAGGCGAAAACCCAGGGCCAGGAAAAGGAGCUGGUGGAGAACAGGGAACAGCUGGAGAUUUUACGUGCCAAAUGCCAAGAACUCAAAACACACUCGGAUGGCAAAAUCGCAGUGGAAGUUCAUAAAUCAAUUGUGAAUGAAUUAAAAAGCCAGUUACAGAAGGAAGAAGAGAAAGAAAGGGCUGAGAUGGAGGAGCUGAUGGAGAAGCUGACAGUCCUGCAAGCGCAGAAGAAGAGCCUGCUGUUAGAGAAGAACAGUUUGACAGAGCAAAACAAAGCACUGGAAGCUGAACUUGAACGAACACAGAAAAUCAAUAGGAAAUCUCAAAAGAAAAUUGAGGUCCUCAAAAAGCAGGUGGAAAAAGCCAUGGGGAACGAAAUGUCUGCUCAUCAGUACCUGGCAAACCUUGUUGGCCUGGCAGAAAAUAUAACCCAGGAACGUGACAGUCUUAUGUGUUUGGCAAAAUGUUUAGAAAGUGAGAAGGAUGGAGUGCUUAAUAAAGUCAUAAAAAGCAACAUUCGCCUGGGAAAGUUAGAGGAAAAAGUCAAGGGCUACAAGAAGCAGGCAGCACUGAAGCUGGGGGACAUCAGUCACCGUCUGCUGGAGCAGCAGGAGGACUUCGCUGGCAAGACAGCCCAGUACCGGCAGGAGAUGCGGCACCUGCACCAGGUGCUGAAAGACAAGCAGGAGGUGCUGGACCAGGCACUGCAGCAGAACAGAGAAAUGGAAGGUGAACUUGAAGUUAUUUGGGAAUCUACCUUCAGGGAAAACCGAAGAAUCCGAGAACUUCUCCAGGACACACUCACGAGGACAGGCGUGCAGGACAACCCCAGAGCUCUGGUGGCCCCCAGCCUCAAUGGCGUCUCUCAGGCAGACCUGCUGGACGGCUGCGAUGUCUGCUCCUAUGACCUGAAGACUCUUGCCCCCACCUGCCAGAAUCUGCGGGAGCCGGUGGUGUAGGCUCCUCUGGCCUGAAAGGUCUGCCUCACACAGGCCUUCCCUGCAGGGCAGCCCAUGGUGGCAGCCGGAGGUGCGUAAGCCCACUGAACGCUGCGGGGCAGGGAAGAAAUAAAUGGUCUCAGAGUUUAAUCCAUUGAUAACAUUUUGCUUUAUUUUUAAAAUUUUUUUUUUUUUUUAGAGCUAGGGUCUCACUCUGUUGCCCAUGCUGGAGUACAGUGGUGCAAUCAUAGCUCACGGCAGCCUCAAACAUGUUUGAGAUCCUUCUGCUUCAGCCUCCUGAGUAGCUGGGACCUCAGGUGUGCACCAUCAGGCCCAGCUAAUUCUUUUCUUUUUUGUUGAGAUGAGGUCUUGCUAUGUUGCUCAGGCUGGUCUUGAACUCCUGGCCUCAAGCUGUCCUCCUGCCUUGGCCUCCCAAAGUGCGGGAAUGACACGUGUGAGCUGCUGUGCCUGGCCCAUUGUGCUUUAUUUUAAUAACGUGCUGCUGAAAUAUGUUUUAGCCAGGGCAUGUUCUCUGGCCACAUUGCCACUGAGAUGAGCUCUAUGACACCCACUGCUCUGGUGAGUAGGUGGCCUGCUGAGCGGGCCUGCCUUCCAGCUCCUAGAUCUGCAGCUGGGAAGUGCUGGAAGGGUUGGGCGGGCAGCUGAGCCCUCGUGCCAUGUGUCAGAUGGGGAAGUGUCACCCGAGGAGCCAGGCCAUGGCAGCGGCCCUGAUGAUAGCUGUGCGUGAGCUCUGGGGGCCUUUUCUUGUUUGGUCAAAAAAACAAGGUGCUGCUGCUGUUCAUGCCCUCUAAGUUGUACAAACCUUUUCUGCCCUCUCCCCUAGCCCUUCUCUAUCCUCCUGAGCAAGUACUUUAUUCUCUUUUGUUUAGUUGUUAUUUUUGUUUGUUUGUUUUGAGACAGGGUCCCACUCAGUUACCCAGGCUGGAAUGCAGUGGUGCAAUCACCACAGCCUUGACCUCCAGGCUCAAGCGAUCCUCCCAUCCCAGCCUCCUGAGUAGGUGAGAUGACAGGUAUACACUAACAUGCCUGGCUAAUUUUGUAAAAAAAAAUUUUUAUAGACCAGCCAUGGUGGCUCACUCCUGUAAUCCCAGCACUUUGGGAGGUCGAGGCAGGCGGAUCACCUGAGGCCAGGAGUUCGAGACCAGCCUGGCCAACAUGGUGAAACCCCAUCUCUACUAAAAAUACAAAAAUUAGCUGGGCAUGGUGGUGGGUGCCUGUAAUCCCAGCUACUCGGGAGGCUGAGGCAGGAGAAUUGCUUGAACCUGGAAGGCGGAGGUUGCAGUGAACCGAGAUCACGCCAUUAUACCCCAGCCUGGGCAGCCUGGGCAACAAGAGCGAGACUUUGUCUCAAAAAAAAAUUUUUUUUUUUGUAGAGAUGGGGUCUUGCUAUGUUGCCCAAGCUGGUCUCAAAUGUCUAGCUUCAAGCAAUCCUCCUGCCUAGGCCUCCCAAAGUGUUGGGAUUAUAGGUAUGAGCCACCGCGCCUGGUCUGGGAAGGUAAUUGAUUCUGGAGCCACACAGCUCCCCACCCAUGUAAUGAGAGCCCUGGCUUUGAGCUAAGAUAGAGUCCCUGCCCCACUGCCACCACCAAGAAACAUACCAGGGGGCCAUGGUUCUGUCCCAUGUGUGUUAGAUGACGUGCCACCUCCUCAGGAAAAUUACCCCAGCCGCUCAGGAUCAUUCAGUCCCAGGCAUGCUGGAGGGACUUGGGGACAUUGGGCUACAAAGGACCCUAACUGUGGGACUCAGGGGUGGCACCCUGCAGCAUCUCCUUUUCAGAGCCCCUCGCAGUGAAGUCCUGCCUUGUUUCAGGUGGGAAGGAGGCCCCAGUACUGGUCCUUGGUCAUGUGUAGAAGUUCUACGUGUGAUCUUUGAUUGCCAGACGGAAGGGUGAGAUAGAAAGUCAUAGUUCUUUUAUGACUCUAUAAGCUUGUCCAACAGUUGAAUCAUUGUAAUUUAAUUUUAUUUUACAAGCAGUAGAAAGACUCACUGGGAUUGAAAACUGUAUCAUCUCCCUAGGAGAUGACCUAACAAAUAACUGUGAUGCUAUUUCAAAGGCAUUUACGGCCACUCUGCAGCCUCCUGUAGACAGGCUGACAGGCAGCGGCAGCCCAGCGUGGCUGUGCGGGGCAGGGGUGCUUGUCAGCAGGAACGCUGCUGCCGCCAUCGUGACCUAGAGAACCACUGUUGACAUCCCUGUCUUUCUGCCUUUUAUGCAAACAUUUUAUUUUGAGAAGUGUCCACUUUUGUUCUUAUGUUUCUGCUUUAAGUUUUUCACACAGUGCAAACGUACUUUGCAAGUGUGGGGACUCCUGGAUGGCACUGUGACCAGGGCAAGGGCAGGUGUCCCACAGACCCUAUCUUCUGCCCAGCCUCCUGCUGGGUGCCAUAGGAAAUGAGCAGAGAAGCCACGAGUCCAGGAUGCCAAGGAGGGUGGGGCAGGCAAGGCAGAGAGGCACCUGGGUGCUUGUGAGGUUCCAGGAAAGGACAGAAACAUUGGGGUGCUUCUGGGAGGAACUGGCACGCCCCGGCCCUUGCAGAGUGGAGAAGGUUUCAGGAGCUACAGAAGGGUGGAGAGGGCCCCCAGGAGCACAGCAGGCACUCAGAGCAGCAGGAGGGAGUUUGGCCAGAGCUUGGGUGGGAAAUGAGGCCGGACUGCACAGAGGAGAACUGGGUCUGCUGGGAGGGGCUCCUCCUCCCCCAUGCUGCAAGUGUCCGGUCUGAGCAGGGAACCCUUCUCUUUCUUGGUCCUGGUGAGGUUUCAUACGGCAUUGGAAGAUUCCUGGUCAAGCAGCUGUAGAACAUGACCCAGGCACUCGAGUGAGCCUUGCUGGCUUUGCCAUUAUUUAAAAGCAGCCCUGGGCAUGGUGAUGGCGCCUAUGGUUUCAGCUACUCAGGAGGCUGAGGUGGGAGGAUCACUUGAGCCUGGGAGGUCGAGGCUGCAGUGAGCUAUAAUCAUGCCACUGCACUCCAGCCUGGGCAACCGGGUGAGACCCUGCCUCAAAAAUAAUACAAUAAAAAGUAAAAGCAGCCCUGGGGAAAUGGAGACAGUGGACAAAGCAGGCUGGGGCACCAGGUGUGCAUGUGGGUGUGAGUCUGUCAUGAGAGCUGUCCUGAAUGCCCUUAAUGCCACUGAACUGUAUGCUGGAAAACAGUGACAACAGUGGAUUUUGUUAUAUAGACAAUUAAAAAAGAAAUAACACCCGG